UUCAAUCCCUAAAGAUCCUGACUACAACCCUAAUAUCCCGUCCAACACUACGCGAGUAGACCUUGGCUGUGUUGCCGACGCCCACCAUGGCCGAGUCCAACGCUGCCGCCGCUCCGGCGCUCAACACCAACAUUGAGUCGGGCCACUUCGAUGAGAAGGCCGCUCACAACAACACCGCGCCUGCCGCCGACACCAAGCCCAAGGUUGAGGAGGAGGACGAGGAUGAGGACAUUGAUGCCCUCAUUGAGGACCUCGAGUCCCAGGAUGGUCACGGAUUUGACGAGGAGGAGGAGGGCGAAGCCAACCCUACCCAGGGUCGUGUUGUCCCCGAAGAUAUGCUCCAGACUGAUACCCGUGUCGGUCUGACUGAGAGCGAGGUUGCCAACCGCCGUCGCAAGUACGGUCUCAACCAGAUGAAGGAAGAGAAGGAGAACCUGAUCCUCAAGUUCUUCGGCUUCUUCGUCGGUCCCAUUCAAUUCGUCAUGGAGGCUGCUGCCGUCCUUGCUGCCGGUCUUGAGGACUGGGUCGAUUUCGGUGUCAUUCUUGCCCUUCUGCUUCUCAACGCCUGCGUUGGUUUCAUCCAGGAGUUCCAGGCCGGUUCCAUUGUCGAUGAGCUCAAGAAGACUCUUGCUCUCAAGGCUGUUGUCCUCCGUGACGGCACCCUCAAGGAGAUUGAGGCUCCCCAGGUCGUUCCCGGUGAUAUCCUCCAGGUCGAGGAGGGUACCAUUAUCCCCGCUGAUGGUCGCAUCGUCACUGAGGAUGCCUUCCUCCAGGUUGAUCAGUCCGCCAUCACCGGUGAGUCCCUCGCCGUCGACAAGCACAAGGGUGACCACUGCUACGCUUCCUCCGCUGUCAAGCGUGGUGAGGCUUUCAUCGUCAUUAGCGCCACUGGUGACAACACCUUCGUCGGUCGCGCUGCCGCCCUCGUCAACGCUGCCUCUGCCGGUACUGGUCACUUCACUGAGGUUCUCAACGGCAUUGGUACGGUUCUCCUGAUCCUCGUCGUCUUCACCCUCCUCAUUGUCUGGAUCUCUGGUUUCUACCGCUCCAACUCCAUCGUUCAGAUGCUCAGCUUCACCCUUGCCAUCACCAUCGUCGGUGUCCCCGUCGGUCUCCCUGCCGUCGUCACCACCACCAUGGCUGUCGGUGCUGCCUACCUCGCCAAGAAGAAGGCCAUCGUCCAGAAGCUGUCUGCCAUUGAGUCGCUUGCUGGUGUCGAGAUUCUCUGCUCUGACAAGACCGGUACCUUGACCAAGAACAAGCUCUCUCUCGCUGAGCCCUACUGCGUUGCUGGCGUUGACCCCGAGGACCUCAUGCUCACUGCCUGCCUUGCUGCCUCUCGCAAGAAGAAGGGUAUUGAUGCCAUCGACAAGGCCUUCCUCAAGUCUCUCCGCUACUACCCCCGCGCCAAGGGUGUCCUCUCCAAGUACGCCGUCAAGGAGUUCUUCCCCUUCGACCCCGUCUCCAAGAAGGUUACCGCUAUCGUCGAGUCUCCCCAGGGUGAGAUCAUCACCUGUGUUAAGGGUGCCCCUCUGUUCGUCCUCAAGACCGUCGAGGAGGACCACCCCAUCCCCGAGCAGAUCGACCAGGACUACAAGAACAAGGUUGCCGAGUUCGCUACCCGUGGUUUCCGUUCCCUCGGUGUUGCCCGCAAGCGUGGUGAGGGCUCUUGGGAGAUUCUCGGUAUCAUGCCCUGCUCUGACCCUCCCCGCCACGACACUGCCCGCACCAUCAACGAGGCCAAGCGCCUUGGUCUCUCCAUCAAGAUGCUUACUGGUGACGCUGUCGGUAUUGCCCGUGAGACUUCUCGCCAGCUCGGUCUCGGUACCAACGUCUACAACGCUGAGCGCCUCGGUCUUGGCGGCGGUGGUGACAUGCCCGGCUCUGAGGUUUACGAUUUCGUUGAGGCUGCCGAUGGCUUCGCCGAGGUUUUCCCCCAGCACAAGUACAACGUCGUCGAGAUCCUGCAGCAGCGUGGCUACCUCGUUGCCAUGACUGGUGACGGUGUCAACGACGCUCCCUCCUUGAAGAAGGCUGAUACUGGUAUUGCUGUCGAGGGUGCCUCCGAUGCUGCCCGUUCCGCCGCCGAUAUCGUCUUCCUUGCCCCUGGUCUCGGUGCUAUCAUCGAUGCUCUCAAGACUUCUCGCCAGAUUUUCCACCGCAUGUACGCCUACGUUGUCUACCGUAUCGCUCUGUCCCUGCACAUGGAGAUCUACCUCGGCCUCUGGAUUGCCAUCCUCAACCGCUCCCUCAACAUCGAGCUCGUUGUCUUCAUUGCCAUCUUCGCUGACGUUGCCACCCUCGCCAUCGCCUACGACAACGCUCCUUUCUCUGCCAGCCCCGUCAAGUGGAACCUGCCCAAGCUCUGGGGUAUGUCCGUCCUGCUCGGCAUUGUCCUUGCUGUCGGUACCUGGAUCACUGUCACUACCAUCUACGCUGCUGGUGUUGAUGCUGAUGGCAUGACCUCCGGUGGUAUUGCCCAGAACAACGGUAACCUUGAUGAGAUUGUCUUCCUCCAGAUCUCCCUCACUGAGAACUGGCUCAUCUUCAUCACCCGUGCCAACGGUCCCUUCUGGUCCUCCAUCCCCUCGUGGCAGCUCACCGGUGCUAUCUUCGUCGUCGACAUCCUCGCCACUUGCUUCUGUAUCUGGGGUUUCUUCGAGGGCGGCAAGCUCACCCACAUUGUCACCGUCGUCCGUAUCUGGAUCUUCUCCCUCGGUGUCUUCUGCAUCAUGGGUGGUGUCUACUACCUGCUCCAGGACAGCGUUGGCUUCGACAACCUCAUGCACGGCAAGUCCCCCAAGGGCAGCCAGAAGCAGAGGUCUCUCGAGGACUUUGGUAAGUUCCACCACGCCGUGACCUUGACGCUUUCAAAUCACAAGUGCUAACAUUUCUUGCUAUAGUUGUCUCUCUCCAGCGUGUCUCUACCCAGCACGAGAAGCACCAAUAGAUACCCACUCGACAAGCCUGUGCGGUAUCCCCUCGAUAGCCGCCGGGGUCGGGAUCCUUUCCAAUCACUGUGUCACAUACUCAUACCUGUCGGUCGGUUAAUAUCAAGCGCGGUCGGAGAAUGGGGUUGUGCACAUAAUACCAUUUCCUUUUAAGCCAAUGCAUGAUUCAUCUGUCUGCUCACUUGUGAGUACUGGUCACUUUGCCAGAGACGGUGUGCAACACCGCCGCACGAUGUAGUCGCGUCUCAUAGAAGUAAUACAAAAAAUUCCACUAUUUUGGAUUGUCAUGCCGCGUCAGUAAACCCUUCCCUGCUUCUCUCCGUGC